AAUUCUUUUUCUUUAAUAUCCAAUCAAAAAAUUUUGAAUUUUACGCUACAGAAUAUAAUGUUUGUUACUUUGUUUAACUGAAUAAAAUCACAUUAUCACAAUGGACGACAAUUUAAUUGAUGAAAUUUUGCAUGAUAGCUUUGACUAUGGUAUCAAGUUUUCCAAUAAGACACUUGGUGAGCUUAUCAAAACCAAAAAUAAGAUGAUGGAAAAUACCAAUUUACAAUUAUUUAAACAAAGAGUUGUUGUAAAAUUAACAAAUAUUUUGAACGACAAAAACAAAGGAUUUAAGCGUUUGAAAACCAACUUGACAUUAAAAAAUAUAAAAUCAAAAAAUAAACGAAAAGCAGACAAAGAUUUAUUUAAUCAGGAAAACUUGGAAAAUGGUGAUAAGGACAAAACAAAGACUUUAAAUAUAGAAGGUAAUUUAUCUGAACAUUCCACAGAUUUAAUUAAUGAAAAUAACAGCAUCUCAAACCUUAGCGACCAAAUUGAUAAUUCAAGUAGUGUUACAGUCAUUAGUUCCACAAAUUCUUCAUUGGAAUCAAGCUCACCAAAUACUGUGAGUAUCUUGCCCAAACAUAAUUCUGAAGAAUUUUCAGGUAAUAUAUCUGUAAAAUCGGGUUCACAAAGUACUAAGGGUGUUAAACUUAAUAUAAAACUACCAACUACUUUGCAAUAUAUGUCAAAUCACAUGCCUUUAACUAUAGAAGUGGAUUUAACGAAAGUAAAUUUUUCUCAAUGUAUUGAACAACAUAAUGAUAUGACUUGGAAUACAUCGAAUUUACGCAGUAAAGCUUUGAAACGAAAAAAAUGUUCCAUACCUGCACAAAAUGCAAAGCCGAAGAUAAACAUUGCAAUAAACAAGGACACAAGAUCGAAUAAUAACUUAAAACAAUUUUAUGAAAAUUUCAAUGGGAUAAAUGAGAUAGAUGAAGAAAAUAUUUCGGAUUGUACUAGUGUAAUGGUCUCAAAUCAAUUAGAAAACCCAGAUGAAAAUGCUUGUCAAAAUCCGAGUAUUGAUACAACGAGUCGAUUAGAAAUUCCUAAUGAAAUUAGACUUCCUGUUGGUUCUAUAAUAACAAAUGAAAAUGGUACUAUAAUUGUAUCGUUGCCACAGAAUGAGAAAGGCGAUUCUAACGAAGACCUUUACUCUAAUACCUUACGUAGUACUAUACCAGAAGAUGCACUAUCAUCUUUAUUGAGCACUUCAUCGAAUUUAAUUUCAAAUCAAUCAAAUAGUAAUGAAGAAAUAAGUACAACAAUUCAAUCUAAUAUCACAUCUGGAUUUCCGGAAACUAUAACAGAAAAAACUAUAAUUAAUGUGAAAUGUCCUAAUAAGAAUGUUGAGGAUGAAAGUGGAGUACCCAUUAAGUUAGCUAAAAGCGAUUUAAACGCAAAAGUAAAAUACCGAAAUAUGCCGCUUUUAGAUGAUUUGCCAAUUGAUAGUGAUAUCGCACCAUUAGAAGUUGUUCAAGGGAAGAAAAUUGAAAGUGACAAGAAAGAAACUAAAAUUCAAGACAACUCAUCUUCAACACAUAAAUCCAAUUUAACAAAUAGUUUGGAAGACACUGCUGGAAACGAUGGAAUAACCAGUAAUUUUAAAAGUAAUGAAUCUUUAGUUUUAAGUUCAAAUUCAGAAAAUCAACACACAAGAAAAUCAAUAGAACGUAAGGAAAAUUCGCCGAAACAAGAUUUUUCGAUUAUUAAUCCUCAUGAUGUUAUUGAUGAUUUCUUAAGCAGUGCUCAUCAGACAUUAGAUUUCGAACCAGAUGACGAUACUCUUAGCUUAUGUUGCUCUCCUAAUAUUUUUGAUGAUAUUGAUAUUCCAAGCGUGAAUACAUCUGAAAAUUUAAAGAAUGAUGAAACAAAAACGAAAGAAAAAACUUCUAUAAGCUUCAAUUGCUCUACCAAUAUAUUUGAUGAUAUUGAAAUUUCCAAUCGGAAGCUGCUUGAAGCUGAUACUUCCAAAAAUGACAAAAUUCUAUCGAAAGAAAAAGAUGAGUUUCCUCUAGAAGAGGAUUAUUCAAAUUUUGAUAUUUUUGGAAUUCCUAGAGCGCAAAAUAAGUCGCAAUCGAAAAGUGAUAAUUCAAAUUUAACCAAAAUUUUUAAAAUACCAAAAUUAUCUAAAAAUUCACCAAAUCCAAUAAAUUCUCAAAUUGGUCGUUAUAGUAGUGUAACUGAAAUUGACAAUGAUCCGCGACCUAUACGUCCUUGUUGGCCAAAUAAUCCUACGAACAUUGCAAGACCACCACCGAAUUAUAGAAUUGAUUCGAUACCUGAAGUCAAUGAUAAUGUAAAUAAACGAUUGAAAAACGCGAAUAUUCAAAUUGCUCAAGUAUUUGACAAACCAUGCUUAGAUUAUUUGAAAAAUUCUUGCGAUAAAGGCACAAAUUGUCGUCUUAGGCACACAUUUUUAGACCAAAAACAAGUCAAGGAAAGAGUCUUAUUAUUUGGUGAACAGCAUGUUAUUUCUUCAUAUAAUUUUAUUAAACAUCAUGAAAAAUUAUUUCACCAUUAUUUUAUAGUGUUUUGUGAAAUUUUUUUGGAAAAAAAGCAAUUGAAUAUGUUAAAUAAAAUGAUUAAAGAUUGUGUUAUUUACACCGAAAAAUUAUAUUACUUAAGAACCUUAACAAAAUUUUUGCAAAAAUUCGGAAAAACAAAAUAUGAAGCUUUACAAUUAAUUUUUAGACUUCUUGAAGGAAUUCCAAAUUUGGAUCAUGUGAUAAUUGAUAUGAUAUGUGAUGAUGACGUCGUUCUAUAUUAUUUAAAUAUUUUGAAAUAUUAUUUAAAUUCUUCAUAUAAAUUCCAUACGGCGGUAGCAAAUAAAUUAUCUUCAAUUUAUCUUCAAAAUCCGAAUGAAGAAUUAUGCAAAAUAAUUCUUGAUAUAUCUUUGAAUACCGCAGCAAAUUUUCCAAAUGAAAUAGCAAUAGAAAAAAGUGAAAAUUUAAUAACAUUUUUAGAAAAAUGCCAAACUAUGAAUCCACAAUAUUAAGAAAUAAUUUUGUUAAAUAAUAAAAAGAAUAACUAUAAUAUGACGAAAUUGAAAUGAAUUCAAAUUUUUUGGCCGAUGAAUUUGAUAUUAAGGCCCCGGAACUUUGUUAGAUAUUUGGUAUGCGUAUGUACAAAAUGUACGUAUGUGUAAGUAAAAUUUAUAAUUUUAAAGAAUACUAUGUUUAUU